UCGGCGCACGCCGCUGCGCUUUCGGAAUCGUGCGAGCAAAACAAAAACAGUUUUACAUAAUUUGGUUAAAGUUUGGAGAAUUUCGGGAAUAUUACUGCAAUUUUAAUCCUGUAAAAAUGUCCUCCAUCAAAUACAUUGGUCGUACAACCGAUUUUAAGGGUAAAACAUUGUGGGAAAUCGUCGGAAAUCUAAAAAACUUCGGUGUCGGACGGGUUGUGGUGCGGAGCAUGUUUGAACGAUAUCCGGAGCCGAGUUACAUGAAGAUCGUAAAGGUUGAAACUCUCCCGAAUGAGGCAACUCGCAAAGUGAAGGUAACCGUUGAGAAGACGUUCCGAGGACGAACCUACCCCAAGCUAGUCGAGAUCAACAGCGUUUCUUACAAAGCUGACUACCGAUUACUUCACAAGCAUGAAGAGGAAUCCUACUGCCAGGCGGUGCAACCAACAGAGAAAAUUAUCCCACGGGAAAUCGAUUUGCCGCCUCUGUUGAAGGAAUUUGUCCAGAGAGAAACCGGUAAAAGUGAUCCGAAGAUUGCGAUCAAGCUGAAGCCAGGACACAACAAUGUCUAUCGGCUGGCGAAGGAGGGAGAAAAGCCCACCAUCGACGUAAGCAUGGGCCUGGCAAAACCCGCUAGUCCCAGAUUGUACGCAAAUUGUGACUUGUAAAUGCAUUUGUUAAUAAACUUAGAAUGAUUAAAAAGCAUA